AUGUCUCUACCCGACUUUGAUACCCUUGCGAAACGUUCUCGCGCGAUAGUGGCUGAAGCUCGCAAAGCCGGUAGUCUCCGUAAUCUGACGCCGAGGGCGGUGUUCGACCAACUUGACGAGGAAUAUGGCUUGGAGGAGGAUACUGUAUCUCACUCUGAGCAUAAGAAGACGCUGCGUGCGGUGAUUAAGGAGGCCGCAGAAACGAAACCAAAACAGGCAGAUGCCGACGUAGAGGAGCCAGAGGAUGAGGAGCAUGUAGAAGAGUCUCCUGAACCUGUUCCGAAGAAGAAGCGCGUAAAGGCUGAAUCGGAUGAAGAGUUCGAGGAGCAGGAGGAGAAACCCAAGCCGGCGAAGAAGAAGGCUCCCGUGAAGAAGUCCGAAGCGAAGAAACGCAAGGCUCCUGUCGUAUCUGACAACGGAGAGGAUGAUGUUGAUGUGGAGGAGUCCCCCAAGCCGAAGAAGGUCUCGAACAAGAAGCGCAAGGUGUCUGUAGCGUCCGACGAGGAGGAUGCCGAAGAGUCCGAGCCCGCCGCGAAGAAGCCCCGCAGCAAGUCCGCGUCCAAGAAGCCGACCAGUGCUCGUCCUGAAUCUACUCGAAGAUCGUCUAAGCAGAAGAAGUUCACAUCUGCGGAAUUCGUCGAAGACAGUGAUGACGACGAUACAGCCGCUCCAAAGUCGGGAUCAUCGUCUACUAAAGUUGAAGAUGCGCCACCAGCGAAGGCAAAGCCCACGCCUGCCAAGAAAGCCAAAGUUAUAAAGCCUGCAUCCGAUGACGAGGCCGAGGUUGUAGAGAAAGCGGCUGAGCCGAAGAGCGAUUCCGAGUUGUCCGUCCUGGAGGACGAGCCGCCCAAGAAAGGCCGCAAGAGCAAGGCGGCUAAACCGACGCCGAAAGCGUCAAAGGAGCCCAAGAAGAGUAGAGGGAAAGCGAAGGAGCCGCUCAACAAGAACGAAGAGAAGAUCGAGAGGCUGAAGAGCUACGUACGCGAAUGUGGUGUCCGCAAAGUAUGGGCGAAGGAGUUCAAGGACCUCGACAAACCCUCACAGCGGAUUGCGCGGCUCGAGACAAUCCUACGUGAAUUGGGCAUGACGGGGCGCCCUACUGUGGCUCAGGCGAAGGAGAUCAAGGCACGGCGUGAACUAGCAAGCGAGCUUCAGGACGUGCAGACCUUUGAGAAGGCCUUUACGGGCAAGAAGCGCGGGGCAGAACCUCAGCCAGCUGAAGAAGAGAGCGACGAGGAGGCGCCCGCGGCUAAACGUAUGACCGCAAGAGCGAGGAUCGCCGCGUUCCUGGCGGACCAAAGUGACGACGACUAG